CGAAAAAAGUCUACAAAAUCUAAAAAAAUCCAAAAUAAUUGCAGUUAAUUCUGAAGAUUCAAGUGAAAAAGAUAAUAAAGAAAGCCUAACAAUGAAUAAACUUAAAUAUCAAGAACAACAAUUAGUAUUAAAAGAAUAUGCACUGGCUUUAAGAAAACAUGAAGCAAAAGUUUAUUCAAUUGAAUUAGUGAAUCUUGAAAAGGAACAAAAAUUAAAAUCAGCAAAUUAA